AAGACAUAGUUUAUUUCAUUCAAAAGUAUAUCCAUACAUUGCACAUAUUCACACCUUUUGUAAGUAGAUAUAACUAUUUUUCUCAGAACUUUAACCUAAUAUUAUUACCAAUAAAUAUUUAUAAGCAAAUGCGCGAUAAGUUUUGCAAUACUUUAGUUCCAUCCCAUUUAUUAUACAUAUAUUGCAAUCAGACUUAUAUUUUGCAUAAUCGAUAGUUUUGCAAUCCAUUAUUUACAGAUCUGCUGUCUAAAUUAUAUGCCUAUUAUAAAUAUUAACAAAUUAUUGUUUAUAUUUAGAGUUUUAGAUGUGUUUAAGUGAGGGUCUUCCACUUCAUCAGUCGAAUGUUCAAAUGGUGACUUUAAAAAUUCCAAAUAGAGUUGACUCAUGGUAAAUCCAGUAAAAUUAUGGGAGGCACUCCUAAAACUCACUAAUCUUUCCCAGAUAAAUUCUGGUUUGUAUAGUAGGGUUUCUGAAAAAAUGUUAAAUGAAAUUAAAUCGUAAUUCCUUCAUCACACCAAUUCUAAUAGCGAGAGUAUAAAAACACUUUUCUGCAUAAAACUUUUCUAACUCUCCUGUAUUUUAAUGUUCAACAAAAAAUUAUUUUUCAUAUUUUUUAGGAAAUCAAUUAAAGUAAAUAUUUUUUUUUUGCAAUUUUUCAAAUUGUUACGUCAAGUGAGAAAUAGGCAGUAUGGACGACAAAGAUCCGGUAUUAAAAUUUUGGACUGAAUUCACCUGCGCCUACCCAUAUUCGCAAAAGAUGUGUAAUGGUUUCUCAAAAUUGUUCCGUUUCGUUUUCGACAACCACUUGGACUCGGUGGGCACAUUCGACACAAUGUUGUUGUCAUCCUUUUUAUUAAUUUUCCUAGCAUUUUUGGUCGUAACCAUGCUCACGAUAUUCGAAAAAGAUCAGAAGUCUUUGCAGCAAAUAAAAGAUAAAGUUAGGCAUUCAACUGCAGUUAUCGCCCAGCUCGCAGCAACUUUAUGGACCAUAAGAGAAACGAAAUUCAAAAGUAUCUCGCCGGAAGGAUAUCGAAGAAUAAAGGAAAAUAAAGAAGCAAUAUUGGCUUUAAAAAAUCCAUCACAAUCUGUGGCGAUGGAUAUCCCAAAGGAAGCACUAGAAAAACCGAAGGAAGUGAAGAAAAAAUUUGUUAGAGGUUUCAAGCCCUUUAAGGGGGAUUUAUCACCACCGCCAGCGAAAAGUGCACCGUACUCUAUUUUGAAACGGUCAAAGCUUGUUCAGCAAAAAAAGGCUUGCAGCCUUUCCAUUGUACAAAGUAAAAGACCAAAAAAUUUACGAGUUGUUGCUAGCACUGUUUCGCUCAACAAAAGACAAUCAGAUUCUACAACACCAAGGUCCACUAGCGAGGGUGCUGAAACUAGAAAUAUUGGCUCAACAAAAGUAGUUCGGAAAGCAUAAUUUGGAAAUAUUGUGAAAUGAUUUAGAUCAAUACAUGCAUUUGAGCAUUUUAUUUUAAAUGUAAGGCCAUUUUAGUAAACUAAUAAAUUAAAACACUUGAA